UAUGAGAGUAUAAUGAGAUAUAGGAGGGAUAGAAAAGGAGAGAGACAAAUGAGAAAGCAAGAGCGAGCAAUGAAAAGAUGGAGAAGGAGAGAGAAUAGAUCGAUAAAAAAACACUGCUCUCCAGGCACAGACCCACUCGCCGCCUUCUUUACUUAUAAUCAAAGGAGAUUCGCAACCAACCUGACUGGAGAGACGUCCAUCCAAUCAGCAACUGGUCUGUUGGUCAUGUGACCAGGCUAUGACAGAGGAGGGACCCAUUCCUGCUCUGUGUUUGGAAGGCAGAUGAAAUAAUGCCAGGGUUUCACUGCCUGUUGGGAUAACCUCACUGUCUUAUCAUGUGAAUCAACAGCCUUCAGGAAAAGCGGAUUCCACCAGCAAACACAUGUAAACAUCUUCCCCAGUGGUUUACACAUUUUUUGUGGUUGAUUCCUAUCCAUUUUUAUUCACUGGAGAGGUGCAUAUUGGAUUAUAAAAUCUCCAUGUACGACAAUUUAUAUCUGCAUGGAUUUGAAGACUCAGAGGCGGGCUCAGCGGACUCCUACACCAGCCGGCCAUCGGACUCGGAUGUGUCUGUGGAGGAGGAGCAGGAGGGUGGCCGGCAGGAUGUGCAGCAGCAGGCUGCCCUGCAGCUGGAGAGGGCCAAGACAAAAGCAGUUGCAUUUGCGGUGAAGACCAAUGUCUAUUACUGUGGUGCCCUUGAUGUGGACGUUCCUGUGCCAGGAACAGCAAUCUCCUUUGAUGCCAAGGAUUUCUUGCACAUUAAAGAGAAGUACAGUAAUGACUGGUGGAUUGGGAGGUUGGUGAAAGAAGGCAGUGAGAUUGGCUUCAUCCCCAGUCCCCUAAAACUGGAGAAAAUUUGUAUCCUGAGAGAGCAGAAGCAGGGCCGUCUUCAUGGUGGUAAGUCAAGUGGGAACUCCUCCUCCAGCCUGGGAGAGAUGGUUUCCAGCAAUGUCAGACCCAACCCUUCUUCCACAGGGAAACAAAAACAGAAAGUGGCCGAACUCAUCCCCCCCUAUGAUGUGGUCCCCACUAUGAGGCCUGUGGUUCUGGUCGGACCAUCGCUUAAGGGAUACGAGGUGACAGACAUGAUGCAGAAAGCGCUUUUUGACUUCCUCAAGCACAGAUUCGAUGGCAGAAUAUCUAUAACCAGAGUCACAGCAGACAUAUCGCUAGCCAAGCGGUCAGUUCUGAACAACCCCAGCAAGAGGGCCAUCAUCGAACGGUCCAACACCAGGACCAGCAUAGCUGAAGUACAGAGCGAAGUGGAGAGGAUUUUUGAACUCGGCAGGUCCUUGCAGCUGGUCGUGUUGGAUGCCGACACAAUCAACCAUCCAGCGCAGUUAAUGAAGACGUCCCUAGCACCCAUCCUCGUCCAUGUCAAAGUGUCCUCUCCAAAGGUCCUGCAGCGCCUCAUUAAGUCCAGAGGGAAGUCCCAGAGCAGAUACCUGAAUGUGCAGCUGGUGGCAGCAGACAAGCUGGCGCAGUGCCCACCGGACAUGUUUGACAUCAUCCUAGAUGAAAACCAGCUGGAAGACGCGUGUGAGCACCUGGCUGAGUACAUGGAAGCAUACUGGCGUGCCACCCACACCUCCAACUGCACCCCGCUCAACCCACUGCUGGGGCGCAACCUGGCCCCCACCGUGCUGUCCCCCUACCCCGCUGGCCUGUCUGGGUUACAGGGCCAAAGAAUCAGAAGCAGCAACCACACAGGAGGCCAUUCCCCUAUCAAGCGUCGCAGCCUGAUGACAUCAAACGAGAACUACCAAUGAGUGUGUUCACAACAACCACACCCACAAUUCUCUGGCUCUCAGAAGGCGAAGGAGUAGGUGCCAUACAGCUAUACAACUAUGACAAAGCCCAUUCUGGCCCCUCCCACUGGGACCACCCCUCUCUGACUCUACCUAGGCUGGCUCCUGCUAAAGGAAAUGCUCUUUUCUCUGACUUCGCCCAGUUGGGUACCUUGUAGUAUUCUAUUUGCUACUGAAACUGGAAACCUCUUGCUUUCAUAUGGAAUUUCUUAGGAUGGAAACUCCAAAUCAGAUAAAUUAAUAAAAAGAAAUGACAUGUUUCAUUUAGGGGCAGAUCGGCCCAGUUUGGUAGUUUAGAAAAGGCAGGUUGGCCCUGUGUGGUGGGCCAGAUAGGAGCAGUUUGGCCCAGGGUGGUGGGUCGGAGAGGGGCAGUUUGACCCAGGGUGGUGGGUCUGAGAGGGGCAGUUUGGCCCAGGGUGGUGGGUCAGAGAGGGGUGGUUUGGCCCAGGGUGGUGGGUCAGAUAGGGGCAGUUUGGCCCAGGGUGGUGGGUCGGAGAGGGGUGGUUUGGCCCGAAAUGGUGCGUCAGAGAGGGGCAGUUUGGCCCAAUCUGGUGCUGUCUCUGAUCCUCAGUGUCUCAGUGACCCUCAGGUGGGUCCCACUCUAUAUCAUCACAGGGACUACAGAUGAAAAGGAGCAUUUCAGAUAACUCUAGGUCAAUAUGCUGGGUGCAUUAACAUUUAUGAUAUACAUUGUCCCUGUCUAAUAAAUAGAGAACUAAAUGUGCCAGCAGGACUGCCAACGUACAUAAAUGGACCUCAGUGAAUUCUUUGCUUCUCCUGGACAUUUUAUAUAGCUGAGAGUUGUAUUUGUUUUUUUUCCUGGAUUUCAGGUGAUUCCACCACUUCUGUUAUACAUGUGCGGGUGCAGGUAGAGCUCACAGCAGCCUGUGUCUACUAACCCUAUUUGGCAGUCCUGGCGUACCAAAUUGAAUUUGAAUCAUUUGGUUUGAUUUAGCUGUUGACUUUGUUUUUUCCCCUAAGGAUACACAGUUUACCCAAAGUUACCCUCAGUAUUCUCUAUAGGCAUGCUGUUUAAUGAAGGAAGAAUAAAUAAAAAAAAUGACUAUGCAAAUGUGUGCAGUCAUGUGUCUACCUGUUACCCAGCAACGCCCAGACAUUCAAAUCUAAUUUCAGAAAAGCAUUGUUGUGAUGAAGAUGUUUUAAAUGGAAAUUCAGCUCUGCAUGCAUAUAUUGUCUUUUAUUGUAAUUUAAUAUAUGACAUAAACUAGAUUUUAUGGGAAGUGGAUAUAUAUAAUUUAAAUCUGGUUCAAGUAAAAUCUUUGAAGUACAGUACAUAAAUAAAGCCUUGUAUAUUAUU